UAUAAUAUUUUUAGCCUAGUGCGUACAGUUAACACCAUAUAACUUACUCUAAAGUCUAAAGUACUAAACAGAAAGUUUAUUUACGAAAUAAGUCAUUACCCUUUACACUUUGGGCAUUAUCGUUUUUUCUUUUUUCGUAUUCCCUCGCAUUUCGAGUUCGGUUUCCGAGACGAAGAUACGAAGUCCUAAUAMAUUUUUAGUUAACGAUUUUUCAACUUAACUCGGUUUGACGAAGAUGGGUCUUAACUGAUUCUCGUGAUUUACAACAGUUCAUCAUCGACAGUGUAUAGGUACAUAUUUUAUUUCGAUAUGGUGAAAAACUUAUGGGUGUGUUCUACAUCCUCGUUCCCCUAAGCUACUACAAGUGAUAGGUGAUAUUUUUGCUUUAAGAUUAAGCUGGUAAAGGAGUUCUAUAUAUUAAGAUAAUUAUGGUGAAUAAAGUUUCUAUUUCCAAUUGGGAUGCAGAUCCUGAAAUUGGUGAACAUGUGGUCAGAUAUUCAGCAUAUGUAAAAAAAUCUAGAUCAUCACCUGAGAAAAGGCCAUUUUUGCCGUAUGGCGUUGGACCAAUUGUUGACUGCGAAAUAGAUGAUGAUACUGGAAAACCUGAUUAUUUAAGUUAUAGUAUAAUACCAAAAGAGAAUAAAGAAACAAUAACAAAAGAACAAUCAAAAGAAUUAAAACAAACCAAAAAAAAACCAAAUUCAGAAAUAUCUCUUGAUCAUGUUUAUAAAGUAAUACGUGAAUUAAAACUCCCAACAUUUCAAAGGAUUAUAAAACAAAAUAAGUUUGAAUUAAUACGAAUAGCAAAACGUCGUCCAGAUCGGUAUCAUAUAUAUGUAGCUAAACUUUUGUUAAGAACAAUAUUUAAUCCCGUUCAGAAAGUUUGGAUAUAUUCUCAAAUAAGGGAAGUAUUAAAUAUCCCUCCUCAUGAAUUUGCAAGCGUUAAAUAUGUAUACACUGUAUUAGCACCAGAAGUAGCAUUAAUGGUUUUAAAAAAUAAAUUUAAAUGCUUUGCUAAAAUAUGUGAUGAAAAUCAAUUGAACGCUUUGUCACUUUUAAAUAGUACAUUUUUUGAUGACAGAUUUGAAAAAGAUUUACACUGUCGUACUUAAGAAAAUUGUGUCUAUAAAUAAUGUACUAUAAAUUGUUUGUAUCUAUUGUAUGUUUUUUUCUUAUCAUCUAAGCAAAUGAUAUGUAAUUAGUGGGUGUUAACAUAUUUUUAUAAAAGUAUACCAAAUUCUAAUUUUGAUUUUAAGUAGUAAAGUAUAUGGAUUUUUAUUAGAAAUUCUCAGAAAUCAUAUUUGACUAGGUAAUUUAGUGUGAAGAUUUAUCAUUGAGAAAUGAUUAAUUUUAAAGACAAGUAUAUUGAU